CUUCGGCCCCCCUAGUUCAUGCUCCUCUGUCCUCUUCUCUCCCAAAACCCUACCAACAAAUAUCCCUGUUUUCUUUCAAAACCCCUCAUUUCCUGUCGAUCCCUCUUCUUUUCUGAUUUGAGGCUCCCCCAACGUUCAGCUCCACCUCGCGUCUCUCCUUUUCAUCACAAGGGAGUCACUUUAAGAGAUUGUUGCCUUAGAUUUUACGAUGACCUUGCUUGAUGUAAUAACAAAGGCCUCAGCUAAUACCGAGCCACUUUGUUCCCAAGCAGACCACCCCAUAGUUCUAAACCCAGAUGAUGUUUUACUCAACUUAAAGCCUGAAGUUGAAAAUCCCAAUCCCACAUCGCUUGUUACCCCCCUUACAGGAUGGGGAAUCUCAUCAACUGAUGCUAAACUCAUUGACUUGAGCAAAAAGUUCUAUACCAAGUUAAACAGAAAGCUCAAAGACAUCCAUAACUUCAAUAAAGAAGAGUUUCUUGGAAUAUUGAAUCUAUUUCUUGAGAAAAUUAGGGAGAUAGGUGGAAUUUUUAUUGGGGUUGAUUCAAAUGAUAGUGGGUAUACUCUAGUUUUGCUUGAGAAAGUUGGCUUUUUGAUAGGUAGAGAUGUAUUAAGUUUGGUUUUGGAAGCUUGUAUUAGUUUGGAAAUUUGGGAAUUGCUGGAGGUUUUGAUUGUUAAUGGACUUGUUGACCAUUCAUGUUAUUCAAAUUUGGUUGUUAAUGUUGCUGCCAAGAAGAGGUCGGAUUUGCUUUGUCUUUGUGUUAAACAUGCUCGCAAUUUGGGUUCAGCUGAGUUGCUUUGCAUAUUGAAAUAUUUUCUAAGUCCACCUAAAGACGGUUAUGUUAGUAUGGUUAAUGUUAGGAAGGAGUGGGAAAGUCAAGCUUUCCUGGCUAUUGAGAAGGCAAGACUCGGGAAGAAAUCACGUUUGGCCAAGGAGGCUUCAAUUUUGCUUAUGGUUGCGCAUGAUGGGUUUUCAGAUCCUGAGCUUUGUUUGCAUUAUUUGUUAGCUUCAAAUAAUGUUGAUGAGGUGAUAUUGUCAUCUUCACUUGGUAAGUUAAGUGGUAAAGAGAUGAUGAGUUUGAUCCGGUACUUGGGGAAGUGGUUGGAAAAGUAUGAGAGGUUUCCUCAAGCCAUUCCAUGUCCGAAGGCUUCCUCUGCUUUGGGCUUGAAGGCCUGUGAUUGGAUUCCCAAGCUUGAAGAUGUUGUGAAAUGUCUUGGGUUUGUUGUGGAUGAGAACUUCUCUUCAUUGAUUUUGCAUCCCGAAUUCCAUGAAGAACUUAAAUCUAUAGAGGGAUUGGUUAGUUCCCUAGCCUUUGAAGCAAGAUUUUGUUGUUUGAUGGCAAAUGUAAUUGAGAAGUUGAGAGCUGGAGAUAUGCUGAGCUAGGAAUCAUGGUAAUGUUAUGUUGACACUCUUUCUAUCAUCUGUACUGCUGUUUUUCAAUCUAUCUGUGUCAAUGAGACUUGUGUUCCAUUUGGAUUGAAUGGAACUUUUUUUUUUUUUA